AGCACACGCUGCCGUGAAUUUCUCUGCACAGUAGAGAAAUACACAGCAGCAUGUUUCCCUAGUAAAACGCACACAGCACACAGUUAACCCUUUGAUCACCCCAGAUGUUAACCCCUCCCUGCCCAGAGUCAUUAGUACAGUUGCAGGGGCGGACUGACAACUCAUGGGGCCUCCAGGCAAUAGGGGAUUAUGGGGCCCCUGUGUCCUUGCCCACACUCAAAGCAAACCCAUAAAAGCCUAUAAAAGGUACCAGGGACAUUUCAUGGGCCCCCCUACUGACCCCGGGCCCUCGGGCAGUGCCCGAGUGCUCGAAUGGUCAGUCCGCCCCUGGCUUAGU